AUGAAUACCAGAGCAUUACUCCGCUUAUCGCGGCCUUCCAUCCUACCCGUCCCAUCCCCGCUCCUCGCAACAGCAUGUCUGAGCAGCAGAAUACCACAAUACUUUAACAUCCCACGACUCAAUGCGUCUUUAACGACAGAUGCCUCCUCAACCUCCUCCCCCUCCUCCUCAUCCGCGCCCUCCUCUUCCAAUCCACCACCAUCCACCGCAAACCAACAACCACCAAUCCCACCCACCGUCACCGCCCCCUCCUUCAGCCCCAAACCAACCUCCCACAAACUCGGCACCGUCAUCUCCGCCGGCAAAAUGGACAAGGUCGUCACCGUCCUCUACACCGACCGCGUCUGGGACAAGCACGUCCGCAAAUACUGGCCGAAGAAGACGACCUUCCGCGUCUGCGAUCCGCGCAACUCUUUGCGCGAAGGCGACGUGAUCGAGUUCUCGUCCGGCUACCGAUCAAGCAAGACCGUGCGCCACGUGGUGGAGAAGAUUAUAUCGCCGUUUGGUGUGCGGAUCGACGAGCGGCCGCCCAUCAUGAGCCCCCAGGAGAGGGCGGAGGAGAAGAUAUUGAAUAGUAAGACGGGGAACAAGGUCCAGCGGUUGGGAAAGAUUAAGAUGAGGGUUCUGCAGAGGCUGGCGGAUGAGGGGAUGGUUCCUGAGGAUACUGCUGAGAAAAUUAGAGCGGAGGUUAAGAUGAGUCUGGAAACUUGGAAACGGUCUCGGAAAAAUCAGGUGAAGAGAACUGAUGAGGAGUUGAAGAGGUUGGAAGAGCUGAAAUGGGAGCCUGUGAGGGCUUAA